AUUAGUAAAACAAGAGGAAACGCAAGAGCCGGAGAGAGUUGUGCAGAUCACGUCUAGAAGAGGAAAGUAUAGUAAAAGAUAGAUUCAAACAAGAAUAAAGAUAUAAGUUAAUCUUUAUUUGCUUCAUUUGUAUUAGUAUCAGUUUGCUGUGUUUGGUGUGGUGAUGCUGCAAUGGCUAUUCAGUUGGAGAGUUUAGUGGAGUCGAUUAAAUCGAAAGUGAAGUUUCUAAAGAAAUCAAAGAAGAAUAAACCGUAUGUGAAGAUGGAUAAGAGUUCAAGUGUUAGAGUUGAGAUUAAAAGCAGGAAAGCAAGAAAACUUAUUGAUAAAACUCUUAAAGUUGCUGAUCGUCCUGGAAAGAAGAGUCUCUAAUUAUCAUCAUUUUAAUCUUUACUAAGAGCUUUACAGUUUCAAGUGCCGUUGUACAUACGUGUCGAACUGGGAGGGACUCUGACAAUCUGACUGUGCUAGCUGGUACCCUAAUUUCUCAGAAAUUGUCAUGUAGUCUUUUAAGAAGAAAAUCAGAAAUGAUGAUUCAGUAGGUGAUGGGGAUGGGGAUUUGUGCAAAGAAAAGGACGGUACCUUGUUUACGGAUCGAGUGUUCCCUUGAGAAAUUGAGGUUAUCGGAGAGGUGCCGUUACCAGGAUCGAAGUAGUGGGAGAAUGAGAGAGCUGACGAAUGACGAUCGCAUUCUUUAUACUUAGCCG